AUGCGCAUCAUCUGCGCCUGCGACCCCUACGGCUCCGCCUUGCACACCAAGCUGGUGCAGCACCUGGGCAGCAAGCCGGGGGUGGAGGUGGACAACCGCGGGCGGUUCAGCAAGUAUUAUGUGGCAGCGCACGGCGUGGCCGGGGAGGUGGAGGCGGCGGCGGCGGCGGGCAGGAGCGACCUGCGCGCGCUGCUAAUCUGCGGAAGCGGCCAGGGCAUGAGCAUCAUCGCCAACAAGUGGCCUCACGUGUACGCCGCGCUCUGCACCACCCCGGAGGCCGCUGCCGGAGGCCGCUCGGUCAACGGCGCCAACGUGCUGUGCCUGGGGGGGCAGGUCACAGCUGCAGACGACGCCUGCCGGAUUUUGGAUGCCUGGCUGUACACGGAGCUGGGGGAGGGGUGGGCGCCCGAGAUCCAGGAAUUCAUCAGCUGCAGCAUGCAGGAGAUCCCAGCCUUAGCAUUCACCCCGGCGGCAGCGGCGGCAGCAACGGCGGCGCCGCUGCGUGGCGCCGUGCAGCAGCCAGCAGCAGGGCAGUAG